AAUUCAUCGCUUAAUUUAAUAAUUGUGUCUAUGUUUACAGAAAUAAAUUAACAUGAAAAACACAAAGGAAUUAAGUUCGGACUCGGACACAGACAUUGAGAAACGGCAAAGAAAAUGGCAACAUCAACGCCAGCAAAAAGGCAAUAAAAAACCGAAGAAACGAGGUCAAAGCAACGGUAACGGUAACGGCAAAGAUUCAGACGAUGAUUUCGUGUCAACGAAAAAAGUUUACAAUUCGCCGCCAAAGCUUCCGAAUGUGGCUGCAGUAGGCCGACGAAAGAACGUCAUUCCGAAGAAACCACCCGUCAGUAGCAACGUUAACGUUAACGUUCUAGAUUCGCCGCCGAAGCUUCCGAAUGUGGCUGCAGCUCCGAAGAAACCACCCGUCAGUAGUGCUGCCAUAAAUGCCGCUCUCCUAAUUGCAACGACAAAAGAUCGCUCCUCAUCGCCAAGUAAUGCUACAGCUGCAUCUAAUCCAGCCAUCAAUAUUACCUCUCACCGAAAUACCACGUCCAGCAUCAUUGGUAGCGGUCGAACAGGUAGUACGCAAGAAGUGGCACAUCCAUUACCCAUUCGACAGUCGCCUCCCCCUAUGGAAUACGGAUCCGAAUGGGACACGGAUGGAGAAGCAACUAUUGCGCAACUAAAACAGAUGCAACGGAAACGACCGAGCAAAAAGACCCACUCCACUUCAACGAAACCUGAAGUGAAGCAGACGCCAGUUCAGUCCAACCGUAAACGUGCUGCAUCCACUGAUGAGGCUAGUGAUGCUGUUGAAGCAACUACGAAACGGUCAACGUCAACGAAACGGUCAAAGGCAUCGAAACGGUCAAAGGCAACGAAAACGCAGCAAGACAGUGCAGAUGAGGCUGGUGAUGCUGAUCAAGAAACUACGAAACGGUCAACGUCAACAAAACGGUCAAAGGCAUCGAAGCGGUCAAAGGUAACGAAAACGCAGCAAGACAGUGCUGAUGAGGCUGGUGAUGCUGAUGAAGCAACUACGAAACGGUCAACGUCAACGAAACGGUCAAAGGCAUCGAAAGCUCAGCAAAGAAAAGACGACGAUGAAAAUGGAAACCGGGCCGUGAUACAAACGCAACUCGAAGAAAUCAUUUUUCUCGGAAACGUUUUCGAUAAAUCGAUACGCCGAUUUACGUGUCCAUUUGCCACUUGUAACGUCAAUUAUUCAACGUUCCUCAAUCUAAAGAAUCACGUCAAGAAGACUCACGAAGAAACUUUGCAAAAACCCAUCGAGACGGACACGAACAAUUGGCGACGAAUACAGAAUGCAAACAACAGAUUCGACAUCACUACGGUCAAGCAAAAACUGCGUCCUUUAAUUAUCGACGGUGAAACGAUAAUUAAGAAGCAAAGAGUACUGGAACCACUAGCGACGGAAAAGACGGAAGUUGCGACGAAAGUGUUCGAUAUAAUGAACAAACAGGCUGUAGAAUUGUCCAAACUGGCAAUUUUGUUUUCCAGCCUCGUUUACUUCGACGUCUACAACACAAUCAGCGACCCAGAAAACGGCAACGAAAUCGAUCGUAUAUUCGAAGAAGAGUUCAAUUGGAAAGAAAUGAUUUUGGAAUUUAAGCAAUUUCAAAGAAAUACUGCUAAAGCAAAGAAACCUCGACCGGAUAAACACAAUACGUUCUUCGAUCUCUGCAGAAAGUACGAUGUGGAAACGUAUUUCACGGAAACGUCCCAAAAUGCGUGGAACUCGAUUGUGGAUACAUUUGCGACCAAUUUCAAAACGAAUAUAACCACUCAUUUAUAUUCACGAAUAAGGAAAUGGUUAGCUUUCAAGCUACGAGAUGGGAAAAAGAAGAAGGACGUAUGUGGCAAAGAGAAUCGAAAGGAUAUCAACAACAAAAUCUACCACACCAUCAAAUUCCUAUUCGAUUCGGAAAAAUGCACUCAAGCAGAGGAAGUGCAGCACGAGCUAAUAUGCGAAUUGCAGAAAAUUUGCCAAUUUCCCAAUUUCAAUCAUGGCGGCAGAUCGUAUUUUGAACGACUUCGAUACGAUUUUAAAGAGGAUGGUGAUGACGACUUAGGAAAACCGAAACGGAAACGGAAAUGUGCAGCUCCAAAGAAAACCACAAAGAAAUCGAAGAAAAAGAAAAAGAAGACACAAAACAAUGGCCCACGUCUUAACUGGUUUCAAAUGGUUCCAGCAAUGGUAAGGUUGCAACGUCGUAUAUACGAGAUCAAUUUGUCACGAAAACAAACUUUGAUUGAUGCCGGCAUAAUAAAGGAAAAAAAGAAACGGAAACGCAAACGGAAACGCAAACGAAAAAGAAAAAACGAGUCGAAACCAGAACCAUCUUCUACUGAAAACAAACGUCAGGCUGGUGGGACGAAAAAGAAACGUGAAAUCGAUCCAGAGGCAACACAUUAUGCAAAGCUACCUAAUUUCAUAGUCGUGCCACAAAACAGCUUCCACACUAUGCACUUUCCAAUUGACACGAAAGCAUUGUUCGACAUCCUGAAAAACCUUCCACAAUUCAAGGCUAUCCUGAAUCAGGCCGAAUUUUUGGAACUCCAAAUCGACGACGAUCCAAAUAGAAAAACCACGAAUCCGUUCUGGUAUUUCCUGUUCAACAUUCAGAAAAUGGAAACGGCAACGAAGAAAUUUGGAGGAAGGAUUACGACCAACGGCAGCGACGUGUCAAUCCAAUAUUGCAAGCUACGGAAAGAAAAAGAACUCACCAAAGCUGAAAUUCUCGAAAUGGCAAGCAAUAGGAAACGGAAACACGAUGUGAUUGAUUCAGAUUCAGAGUCUGAAUCGGAAGACGAUGAUGAUGAUGAUGAUGAUGAUAACGCAAAGACCAUAAAAACCGAUCCAGCAAUUGUCUCCGCUUUGACGAACAUCACCAAUAUGGAAGAUUUGAGUGUUUCUGGUGUCGACUUAGGCGUCCGCAAUGUUGCCGCGACAGUAAUACGGAAAUGGAGCAAAUCAUCCGACGGCUACGAAGUUCAUGAGUCCAAUGUGUUGCACAAAUCGAAAGAUUACCACUAUAAAGCAGGAUUCGCUAGACGUCAACGAAAAGGCAAGAAACUGCAUGGAGAAUUCGAUGAACGUUACCAGAAGGAUAGACAAAGCCAACCCAUAGAGCCAUCGCAACGAUCACCUGAUUAUAUCAAAUUUCUGGAUUCCAGACUGAAAUGGUUCAACGAGGGCACAGCCACAUAUAUGCAACGAGUGGUAACAAACGUAAAGUUCGAUAAGUUUCGUUCGACGCAAAAGCAAAUGAUGGCAAUGGCAAAGGAGAUUGUUGGCGACAUAAACGUUCACGACAAAGCAACGACACAACCGAGCAAAAUACGUGUAGUCUUCGUGGGCAACUGUUCAACACCGGCAAAUUCAACAAUCAAAGGUCAUAGGCGGUCACCCGGAAAUGCACCAAUCGUCCGUUAUUUGAAGCAGAUCCCGCAAACGUAUGUUGACGCCACCAUCGAUGAAUAUUGUACAACGAAGAAGUGUAGUCGAUGCUACGAAACGCUCGACGAUGUAGAGUUUUCUAAAGAACGGCUUAAAUUAUGCCAUAAUUGUAAGCUGGCUGAGAAUUCCACGUCAACGAAUCUAGUAUCGACAUACCAACGGAAACAAGUUAUCGCAGAAGCAAUGAUUCCGAUCACAGAAGAUUAUCCCAAACCGACACAGUUCGAGAGGGCGCAACGAGUUGCAAUGGAACGAACAAAACGAUGGUCGUUUGGCGAUAAGAUGAGAAUGGCUGCGCGUAUUAAACUAAAAUCAACCACCUACACAGUUAAUACAACGGCAACGCUAAAGCAUUUGUAUUGGAACCGAGACGGCAACGCAGCACGCAAUAUAAUGCAGUUGGGUCUGUGCCAAUACAACGAUUGUCUCCCCAUUGAAUUCAACAAGGACGAGGCAUUCCAGCGACCGAAAAAGAAAGAUUAACUCAAUAAAGAACACCGCGUUCUUCUUGUUCUACGGAACGGAAAUGGCCGUAAACGAGGUCGAGAAAAAUAAUAUACA